AUGACCAGUUAUUUUAUUUUGGUCGAUAUGAUUGACAAAGAAGCCACGUGCAUUAUACACAUAAAUACAUAUACGCAUACACAAACAUACACCCCCAUACACGCACAUACACACACAUAUACAUGCGUACACACAUACACAAUUACACACAUAUACACACAUAACAUACACGGACACACAUACAUAUAUACACGUACAUGUACAGAUAUACGUCG